AUGUACUUUUUUUUUCAUACAAAUAGUCUUGAUGUAUUGUGCCAAUGAAAGGCCAGGUUAUCUUUAUUCCAUCCAUUAUCUUACAAGUAAUGGCAUAAAUCCCCAUUAGCUAGGCAGACGCAGCUGGGAUCAACAAGUAUCGGGUGCCGCGGUGAGCGUCGCGGGACGCUUGUGUCUGCAAGUAAUGAAAAAAUAAGUGGAACGGUAAUCUUUGGGACUGGCUGCCACGACGCCGGUACUGGAAAAUUUGGCAGGCAACAUGGCAGACGGAAUGUUAUCACUUUCUUGGAACAAUCACAGCACAACCUUCAGCCACACCUUAGCAGCGCUCAGAGCCAAGGAAAGAUAUACAGAUGUUACUUUAGCUUGUGAAGGCAAAUUUUAUCAAGUCCAUAAAUUAGUCUUAUCAACUUGUAGUGAGUAUUUUGAGAACAUGUUUGAUCACACUCCGUGCAAACAUCCUGUGAUUGUGUUAAGUGAAAUACACCGAGAAGAGUUAGAGGCCCUCUUGAGCUAUAUGUAUGCUGGUUAUGUGAAUGUUGCUGAAAAUAGUUUAGCUAGACUGAUCAAAGUUGCUGAACUAUUGGAAGUUAAGGGCCUUGCAGUUCCCGAUGAACCUCCAAGCAGUGGAAAGAGAGCUUCUAAUGGCCAUCGCACAAAUGAGAGCAGGGUAAGCCCCCUUUCCCGAAAUGUGCAGUCAAAUACCAGUACUAGUGAUGACAGAAAUAUGUUGGGUACAAAUUCCCAAAGCCCCAGUGAUGACAGAUCAAGUCCCCAUCCUAAAAGACAGAGGACAAGAAGUGAAGUGUCUCUCCUUGAAAACACUCAUUCACCUAAAAGGUCUUCUUUGAAAGAAGUUUCAAGACAUGCUGAAUAUGAUCAUAAGGAAGAAGCCGAGCCCUCCUGGGAUGAAGAUGAUGAUGGUGGCCAGCGAAUCAGAGCUACUGAGGAUCAGGUUUCCUACCAACAUCAAGAAUCCCUCUCUGACAAAGUUCAGGUCACCUUAGAUGAAAACUUGGUCAAAGAAGAACUUGUAGAAGACAUGAGAGAUGGACACAGUCACUCUCCUAAAUAUGAAAAUAUGGCUGACAACACUUCAGAUGGUGGCCAGAGCAAUGUAAAACUUAUGAUUCCCAAGUACGAGCAGUCAUCAGAACAGGAGCCCAUUGUCCAUCUUGGCUUGGGACAGCAGCCACCACUCCAUGAGGCAGUCAUAGAAGCUUUAGCAGGACCUUCUGGUAUGCAAGGGUGGGCUGGUGGAGGUGAGGCCAGUAGAAGGCUGGAGGCAGGAAGUGACUUGUCACCACUUCCCCUAUGUCAAGCUGGAACACAGUCCAUUCCACCACUGGCAGGACUGGGCAAGAGUGGUCACAGGACUGGUGGAAGAGAUACCCCAAAGAAGAGGCACCAAUGUCCCUACUGUGUCUACUCCACUGCUCGUAAAGAUCACUUGCAAAAGCACAUACGCACCCACACUGGGGAAAAACCUUAUGCCUGUCGGCUUUGUCCAUAUCGUUCCUCCCAAAAAUACAAUUUAAAAAGUCAUGAAUUCACUCAUAAAUUAUAAAAUACCUUAUUGAAAGGUAGUUGUCAAUAAUAAUUAUAUAUUUUUUUUCAAAGGUAGUAGUCAAUAAUGAUUAUAAAUCUUUUAUGAAUAUUUUUGUUAAGUUUUAUUUAUAAUCUUUUAUCUGAAACAAAUUUUACUAGGAGAUUUUUAGCAUAUAUCUAUUUUUUUUAAGUACAUGGCAUAUAUUUGGAUAACCAGAUAUGGACUGAUAUAUCUGAAUUGAAUAGUUGAAGAAAUAUAGGCUUAAUAUUGUCAGUGUGAUGCUCAGAAGCAAAAUGUUGAAAAGUUUUGCAAGCAAGUUAUAAUACAAAUACAGUACAAAGAAAUUAAAGUUCACAAAUACUCAGAUGUGUUCACAUGAAUUAUACAGGGUUUUUACAUAGUGUGUUCCAGAAGUAUUUAUGAAAGUUUGGAUGUUGAAAACCAUGUGAUAUUGUAACUACACCUAAGAAGGACAUAAACCCUUAUCUUAACAUUAUGAUCCUACAUGUCAUUUAUGUAGUCUUUCCUGCCUAUUUCAAAUCACAAGCUAUGUUUUAUAAAUAUAUUGCUGAUUUCCAGUAUAUGUGCAUAAUAUAUAGGAAUUCUAGUACAUGACAAUUUUUCAUCAUUAGUUAUUGCAUUUCUUAGCAUGAGAGAUAUCAUCUUUAACCCAGAAAUAUUUUAGAAAACAAUUAUUGAUCUAAUAUGCAGUUACUUUUACACAUUGCACAUGCCUUCAGAUUAUGUCAUGGUUUGGUGGCCAUAACAACACUGUUCCUGAAAUGGCAUAGUUCUUUCAUUGGCAAAUGCUACUCAUCACUAAUUCUUUCCAUGACAGGCACUGCCUGUUGUCAAUUUUCCUAUGAUUGACAAUCAUUGUAAAAGAAACAAUACAUUAGAUCUGCUUCUGGGCAAAUAAUUCCUUCUGUCUUGUUUGCAUGUGAUACACAUAUUACAGAUUCAUCAUGUUGAUUAUUACCACAAGCAAUCAUCUCUAAUUCACACACACAUCAUAUAUCGUAACUCUUACUUACAAAGGUGGUAUGUGAAUAUUUGCUGACAAAUAAUUAGUUUUUACACUAAAGCUUUCCAAAGUAAUUUUUAGAGAUCAGUAUAUUUACAUUUACUUGAUUUUUUAUCUUUGGAAAAAUGCAAAAUUAAUUAUCAAUUUUUUGAAGUUAUGUGCAGCAAUAAUGUCAUACCUAAAACUGUACAUUAUAUAAAUCUUCAUCGUUCAAAGCGUGGUGUGAUUCAAUAACUGAAAAGUUAAAAUAUAUGUAAACAUAUCAGAGUAAUUAUGAGUCAAUUGCUGUAAUGAGAAGUUUAAGUUAAGGCACUGGACAAUUAUUUUAUAUGUAUGUGUGUGUGUGUAUGUGUGUGUGUGUGUCUGUGUUUACAUCUUACUUAUUUAUUUAGUAUUUAUAUAUUUUCAAGAAGGGGAAAGGUAAAAAAGUACAUUUAUGCUAGAAUAUGCAGUAAUCAAGCAGUAUAUAUUGAUUUUGUUUUGUAUUCCAUAUGUGUGAUAUGUACAGAAGUUGCUAUGCGCUAUUUAUCUUAAAACUGCUCAUACUUAAAAAAAAUUGAAAUACCAAAAAAAAAAAAAAAAAGAAAGAAAAAGAAAAGAAAGAAGUGGAAAAAAUCAAGUUCACCAAAGAGCCAGAUGGACUCAUGCCAAGAGUGUCAAAAUUUUACGAGGUUACCUACCACAACACAUGCUAUGUAUUUUCUUUAUAGUUAAUCUAGAACAUGAAAGACAGUUUGUUUGUUUGUUUGUUGUGCUUACUAUAUAUUGAAGGUACAUACAUAGGAAGUCAGCAACAUCAGCAGCAGCCUUACUUUCCAUACUUGGGAAAUGAUGAAGGGAUGAGAUGAAACAGAGCUGAGAAAGAAGUUUUAUAUGUAUUUAAGAAUAAAGACAUUGUCCCUUGAAAUGAACUAUGCAAAUAAUCUUGGACUGCUCAAAUCCUUCAUAUACUAUCUCAUGCUUUGGUUGACUCCAUUAAUUCAUUGCUUCAUUUCAAAUUAUUUUAGAUACAAUUUGACAAUAGCUGGAAACAUCUGUUUGACAAGCUCUCUAUUUUAUGAUUUCAGUUUCCUAAUUUUUACUUUGUUGCAAUUAUUAUUUUUGUACCAUAGCAUUAUUUAUUUGUCACGACAUUGUCUUUCAUUUGCAUUUUUAAGUCAGCCUAUUCAUGUUCUUCAUGGUCCAAAGAAUUGAAAUCUUAAACUUUUAGAGCACAGUCAUGGCACCACAAACGAGAGGUGUUCUAUCAGAACAUGCAGGUACUUAACAUAUAGUACCUAUUUGAAAACCUUGAAUGAUGAGUACAGACUUGAUAACUUAGACUUGAUAAGUAUGCUAUUUUAUGGUGGUAAUAUAACUGAGAGGACACACAAAGGUGGGUCCACAGUUCACCAGGGCCACAACAGCACAGCAGAAUACACAAAGGGAGUAUCCUCAGGAGAGCUGUGUCUCCAUUAGCAUGAUUUUUCUUGAGGGAGGAUUUGUUAGAAAGAAUUAGCUCAGGUCAUUAUUGCUCACUGCUUCAAUUGUGUGCAGGAUUAGUAAGACUGUAUUAACUGAUUUGAUCGUAUGUUACCAUUAUGCUGGUGUGUUUGACGUCUGCACUGUGUGUGUAUUUUCUAACAUUUGUUUUGUUCUAAUGAGCUAUAUUGGUGUGGCUAUUGCUUUCUAAAGGAUGUGUUCCUAGUAUAAUAGCUAUUUACUCAAGCCAUCUUCAAAUUAUGCCAAGAUUUCUGAACACACUUAAGGUAAAUGUGAAGCCACACUUGAUUUCAGUGGGCUUGUCUUGAGGCCAGUCCAUCACCUAAAAGCAUGGCAACUUUGUCACAUUAAAGCAUAGCUUUAUAGACAAUCUCAAAGACAAGUUUCUGAAAAAUUUUCUUGCUUUCCUGAGUUCAUUUAUUCCAAAUAUCAAAUCCACAUGCAUUACUUACAGAUGUGUUUCUCUUAUGCCUUGCUCUUUGGGACAAAGUUACUUUUAAAAGUGCUAGAAGGGCAAUGGAUAACAGUAAUAAUAAAAAGCACGUAACAUCAUGGGAAGAAACUUUUUUUUUUUUUUUUUUUUUUUUUUUUUUUUUUAAUACUUCUGAUGCUGCUUUGCUACUUAGUUAUCCUUAACACAGUGCUUUUUACAUUACAUAUUAAUGGUACAUGUAUAUGAAUUUUGUUACAUGUCUGCAUAUAUAAGUGUACAGAAGUGAUUGUUUUAUCAUUAUGGUAGCACACAGGGACAUUUCUAGCUACUAAAAAGACCCAAGGCUCAGUUACAUUUGCCUGGGAUUUCUUUAAAUGCAGUUGUUUUGCAGCCUGUAACAUGUUUUGAUACAAAUAUCUUUUUUAGGCUGAAAAUGCACAAAUCCAGACCUUUACCCAAGUUGAUCAGACUUAACAGUGCCACUAAUAGCACAGACAGAUAGGUAUGAUUGUGAUGCCAAUCAGCCACCUGUCCAAACUGGUAGCCGAGUUAGUGACACCCUAACAUUCUGGUGGUUCAGUGUACUACACAAACUCUGUAUCAUGCACUAAAAUAAUGACAGUGUUGUAUGAAAUUAUCUUUAGACAAUGUGUAUAAUAUGUGUAUGAAACAUAAUGGAUUUUUUUGUUCAGACUGGAGUUCCAUCCUCUAAACAAACCUGUCAUAUCUGUAAAUGACCCAAAUAAAAAGAUGAAGUGAAUAAAGGACACUUCUAUCUCCAAGCACUC